CCAACCCACUCCCACACCCCCCGCUCUUUUCUCUAUCUCUUUUUUUCUUUCUGAAACCGGAUUCCGGUAGAUCCACCUGACGACGGAGAUCUCGCCACUUCAUCAGCGUCCUGGUUCCGAUUGGCAACGGUCUUCAACACCACCAGAUCGCUCUUCUUUCUUCCUUUUUAUCCCCUAUAGAUGUCGUUAAAGGGUCGCAGUUUACCUGGAAAAGUGUUGAUAAGAAGAUCAGAUCCAAUGGAUGCUACAUUUUUACCUUCUCCUAGCAUUGAUCGUAGUCCGUCAGAAAACGAUGAGGGGUCAAGUGAACAAAGUAAUGAUACAAAUGAGGAUCAAGUUCAUAAAAGUAACCCAAAUGCUUGUGCUGUUGCAACUCAGUUUAAAUCAUUAACGAUAGUUCCCGAUAAUACCUCUGAGGAGCUUCCGAGGUUUGGCAUCAACCCUAGAGCUAUGGACACUGCUAAGCUAAUGAAGUUCACGAAAGUAUUGGGUGACGUAACUCUCACCUUAGACAAGUUACGCGAGUUAGCCUGGAGUGGUGUGCCAUCUUACAUACGCCCUAAUGUGUGGAGGCUUCUUCUGGGAUAUGCACCUACUAAUUUAGAUCGAAGGGAGGGAGUUCUAAAAAGAAAGCGCACGGAGUAUUUCAAUUACAUUUCUCAAUAUUAUGAUGUUUCAGAUAAUGAACGUACUGAUGAAGAGAUUACUAUGCUUAGACAGAUUGCUGUUGAUUGUCCCAGAACUGUGCCUGAAAUUACCUUUUUCCAACAAGUAGAAGUCCAGAAAUCCUUGGAAAGAAUACUCUAUAUAUGGGCGAUUCGACAUCCUGCAAGCGGAUACGUGCAGGGAAUAAAUGAUCUUGUAACACCUUUUUUAGUAGUUUUUUUGUCGGAACAUUUAGAAGGGAGUGUUGAUAAGUGGUUGCUUGCUGAUUUACAUCCAGACACUAUCUACAAUAUUGAAGCUGAUUGCUAUUGGUGUUUAACUAAGUUACUUGAUGGUAUGCAAGACCAUUACACAUUUGCUCAGCCCGGGAUCCAACGGCUUGUAUUUAAGCUCAAGGACUUGGUCAAACGUAUCGAUGAACCUAUAUCAAGGCAUAUGGAAGAGCAAGGGCUUGAUUUUCUUCAAUUUUCUUUUCGUUGGUUCAAUUGUCUUCUGAUACGGGAGAUUCCUUUCCACCUUGUCAGCCGAUUAUUGGACACAUAUCUUGCCGAAGGUGAUGCAUUGCCUGACUUCCUUGUGUAUAUAUCUGCCAGUUUUCUUUUAACGUGGUCAGUUGAGCUCCAAAAACUUGAUUUCCAGGAGAUGCUAAUGUUUCUUCAACAUCUCCCAACACACAACUGGGGUUACCAAGAACUCGAGAUGGUGCUUUCAAGGGCCUUUAUGUGGCAUUCAAUGUUCAAUAGUUCUCCCAGUCACUUGUCUACCUAAGAAUACUGGUAUAGUUGCAAGUAUACAUAUUUUGCUCAAAAUUUUAUUUCAGUUAUUCAAAUUUGUAUAGUGUAAUGUACUAUUAAUCGUAGUUGUAGGCCUAAUGGGAGUUGUAUGAUAGAGGUUGUGUCCUGCGGAGUUGUGUGUAUGUAAUUCAGAAAUCUAAAUAGAUGAUAUUUACCAUUUUGUCUGUUUA